AACAAAAAUAAUGUCUUCCACAACGCGAAAAAUUCUCUGAAAUUAUCCCUUUUUCACCCUCCACACGACUAUCUAUGCAAUGGGUGAAAAGAUGAAGAAAGGCCAGCUGUGCUACCUUGUGUCACUGUGUGAUGCAGGAGCGGCUGGGGAAGGCAAACAUCAAGUAGUCUCACCAGUAGACUCACCCCCUUAUUUUUGUACAACAAAUAACAUGCAGAGUGCUGUUGUAUACCUCUCACAGGAACUCCAGGGUUUGGGGCUUAAUUGUGGCCUCAUAGAAACUGGAAGCCAGAAGGUGAACUUGGUGGCCCUCAUCAAUGCCUGCUGGGAGGUGUCGCGGCUCUACCGUUCUUCCGUCCAUGACUGCAACACUCUUCAAGAUCAGAGGAGAAGAGAUGCAGCAGAUAUGAAUCAUUUCCAAAACAGCAUAAGGGAUCUAAGAGGGACAGUCGAUGACAAGGAGCGCCAAGUCUGCGACGCACAAGAGAGGGAGAGGCAGGCAGUCACUGUUAACAAAGCUCUUGCAUCAAAGCUUAAAGGAGAGAAAGAGGAGGUGCGUAGACUAGGAAGCGUGUUGCAGCAAAGAGAAGCACACCAUCAGCAUGAACUUCGGAAGAAGGAGACAGAAAACAGUCGUCUUCGUGAGAGACUGCAUAGACUUGUAUCUGGGGAGAAGUCGUCAGAAACCAGAGCACCAACCAUGACUAUUUCCAAUACACUUUCACGGUCAAAUCGAUCAAGAGCAAAGUGGAAAACGGAAGCAUCUGGAGUUAGGCAUGAGGAGGACAUGCAUCGGAAAGUCCUCAGCCAGUAUGAGGCUUGGGUCGGGCAACUAAGCGAUGAAAAUGAGCAGUUGAAAUCAUGCCUGUCUUCCAUGUCCUCACAGAUAUCAAGAUUAGCUUCCAAGUUUACAAAGAGCGAAACUCGACUGACUUCCGAAGACGUGAAUUCCUCCAUGAACUCGUCCACAUUCAGCACCGACAGCCUCGACGACCCAAUGUUCAAUCUGGACUUCCCGGCAUUCCGCAGUCAGAUCCAGCGGUCUCUGGAUGAAAACCUAAAGACCAUUACACAGGGAGUAGAAGAAAAAGUCGUGAAGGAUAAUAUUGCUCAAAAUGUGGACUUGCAAGCAAGAGAGGAAGUGAAAACUCUUCGGUUGCAGUUGUCAAAAGUAAAAGAACAGCUUAGAAACUACCAGCAGUGCCAUAAGAAAGGUAAUGACGAUGAAAAAGAGAUGAUGUUCCUAAUGGACGGAAACUACAUAGAGGAGAGAGCAGAGCUGGAAAAGGAGAGGCAAGAGCUGGAGAAAGAGAGGAGAGCUUUGCAACAGGAGAGAGAAUCGUUUGCUGAUGCUGCAAUAAGGUUGAAUAGGGAGAGAGCUGCCUUUGAAGGAGAGAAGGUAGAGCUUCUGAAAAGACAGUUCCUGCAGGACCUUCCCACAACACUCAAUGACCUGGGCACUGCAGAUGUGAUGACCAGCGGGCAUGAGAGUGGUGGCAGCCUUUCAAGUGGAAGCAUUGGAGAGGUCUUCUCAGACUCUCCGCACCGCAUCCUUGCCGUGCCGGAGAUCACUCCUCCCCGUGGAAAUAUCACACUGGCCCGGGGUUCCCAGCCAGUUGUGUUAGGGCCCACCAUGAUGCCCAAACAACGCAAUGAAAGGCCAGGCUAUGGUGGACACAAAGCUGUCUACCGCAUGAAGUCUGCCCCAGCAAGCAGAGCCUCAUCCGUCCCACGCUUUCCUGAUGAAUUUGAGGGCAAGUCGCCCAGCCCCAGUACCAGGCCUCCCCACCCACGGCCACGCACCCUGGAGAGGAUGAAGCGGAAACCCCUCUCAGGCACAGCUUCUCCCAGAUACCGGAGUCAGAGUCAGGGUCGUUUGGAAUUGGCCAAGGACGACGAUCAUGUCAGAAAGAGGGGCGAGUUCACCUCCCUUCCAGCCAGGGUCCAGGGAGAAGCCCUUUUACGUUCCCUGAGAACAGACGGCAGGGAAGUCAUUUAUCCGCCCAUUACAGUAGACAGAGAAGGGUUGAAUUACUUACCCGCAUAUUACCGUGAGAAUCCCAAGACUCUGAAAAUACCUGGGCAGAGGUAUCCGCAAGAAAAUCACAUUCAGGCUGAGAAGGAUAGAUAUGAAACUGAAGAGGAUGAGGAACCAGUUGAUGGCAAGGGGCUCACACUUUUAGAAAAGGACCUCAUGAAUCUCAUGGCACAGAUUGGACAGCAGCAAGGGGAAGAAAUAGCCUUGAAUUCGUGCUUGGAUAACAGCCCAAUGUACGAAGAACCUACCUUCAUGAGGAAGCAUUCAAAGAAAAAUCCAAGUUCUGUUCGACUCAGUGCUCCAGGGAGUUUAUGCUCAAGCCGUAGGUCUAGUCGAGACCUCAGUGAUGACUACUAUAAGAAUAUGCACAAACAUCUAAUGAAGAAAAACCAGUCAUAAUAACAUAAUAUAGGAAUUUGUGGAAUGAUCUGUUAUUAUUGAGAAGUGAAAUCUGUAAUGUAAGCCAGUUUCUAAAAUUGUUUAAACUGCAUAAUUAAGAGUAAAUUUAGAAAUGAUUGAAUAUAAUGUUACAGAAAGAGAAGAAGAAUGGAAAGUGUGUCAUCUCCCUUUCAGUGUUGAAGUGAUGUAGUUCAGAAUGUAAGUGAAAAGUGAUAAGUAAGAAUUAGGAUGAUAGUUUGAAUUGCAUGCAUGAAAAAAAGCUCAAAUCUUAUUUUAUUGGCCAGAAUAAUUUUGUGUGUUUUGGAGAAAAGGAGGAAGGAAAAAUUUGACUCAUCGCACAUAAUUCCACAUAUUAGUUUUUAAGUCUUGUCUUGCAUUAUAUAUCUUUGAUACUUUUAUAUCAUAUGUGAUCAGCUCAUUUUGUGUUGGUCUGUAAAUGCAUUUUUCCCAAACAAAAGACAAUUCAUAUAUGUGCAAGUCCUUUAUUAUUAUUUAUUUUUAUUUUUUUUCAUUUGCAAGCACUCAUUAUACUUUAUACAAAAUGUAAAUGCAUUUUCCCCAAACAAAAGGCAAUUCAUAUAUGUGCAAGUCCUUUAUUAUUAUUUUUUUUUUCUUUUGCAAGCACUCAGUAUACUUUAUACAAUCACCACUAUCCUUAUAUAUAUAUUUUUUAUCCUGCCUCCACUUCUUCCUUCCUGCUCUUCCCUCCCUCCCAUCUUGUCUCCUGCCCCUUCCCCACUUCCUAACCCACUCCAGUUUCUCCUUUCCCCCUCCCUUUCCUCUCUCCCUCUAUCCCUAUCUUAUUUUCUCUUUUCAAGGCUUAAAUACUUUGUAUAUUGUCUUCUUUCACAAUGGGAGUGAGUGUCUUGUAUAGCUCUGUGUAUUUCAUGAAAUAGGCAUGGGAAAGAUGUAAUGUUACCAAUGGUACUUUAUGAUACAAAACCAAGUCCUGCCCAAGCCUCAUUAUUCUAUGCGAAUGUACAAGGCAUAAUUUUCUUUAAAUAUGAUGAUCAGUUGUUGUAUGGGUUUUGGCAUUUUGCACAAUCUUGUCUGUCGUGGUUGUUUUAAAUAGAGGAUUGCUUCAUUGUUUUGCAACAUAACUAGGAGCACCGUUAAUCUUAAAGUCUGAGAGUGUCUGUUGGGAGGUGGGGUUGAGUGUGAGUUCAAGUGCUUGCAUGUGCAUAUGUGUCUGUGUGCAUGUGUAUAUGAGCAUGUUCAUGUUGAUAUUGUGGGUGCUCAUAAUGUGUUUAUUUGCAUAUGUGUGGUUUAUUUGUUGUUUUUAAGUGUUAUUUUAUUCUUUUUGGCUGAAGAGUAAGUGGUGCAGUACUUUUCUAUUACUUUUAAUUAAUCAUUAUGAUUCUCUGCUGUGUAAUAUCAGUGGGUUCUAGAAAUGAUGGCUAAUGCACAAUAGUAUUUAAUCUUCAUAAUAUUGUAAUAGCAUAUUUGUUUUAGGUGUCCAGUAAAGUUCAGUUAAAUAUAUAUUGAAUAUGACUGAAGGUUAAGCUGUAAUAUUUUAUGUCAAAACAAUAUGAUGGGAUGCAUAUUCUCAGACCAAAUGCCCCAAAAUGCAUUUUUCAAAGUUAAAUCAGUGUUAAAAGCAUUGAUAUGUAUACAUUAGUGCACUACAUACACAUGAUUGUAGUGUAUUAGUAUAAGACUUAAAUACAAAACAGUUAAUAAAUGCAUUAUUGGACACUUAGUCUAAGAAGCCUUCAUAUUUUCUUAUUUCACCAUUCUUGUUUGUUUUAAAUGUUGAAGUCUUAUAUAAUAUCAGUACUGAGUAUGUAAGGAGAUGCUUUUAGGAGUAAACAGGGGUUAGACCGUCAGCUAGGUCAUGUAUUUUUAUUAAAGAUCACGAAUAUAAAUAUCUUAUAGCACUGUAUUAUACAUAAAUAUCGCUGUUAAAAAUGGUGUUCAUUUGAAGAAAGACAGUUCAGGUUUAUAAAUGACAGGUAAUUAUGGAGACUUUCAGAGUGGUUCUGUCAAUACCAUAGAUAUGCUCUAGGGAAAUAUUCUAUGUUAUAAUUUUCCUGAGAAUUCCUGGAGAAGCGAAUGUGCAAUUCAUGCUUGAAUAGGUGCUUUUAGAGGAAUUAAAUUUGCACCAUAUUUUUCCUUUAGUCGUAUAUACUAGUCAGUCCGAGAGAGUGAUCUUGCAUACCUUUGAAUCUCAUUUCUAGUCAACAGAUGAAACUUUGUGAUGCUGUGGCAUAUCCUUGUUCUAGAUGCCAACUUUUGUGCCUUAGGAAACAUUUCAAGUAAAUAAAGUUUUCAUGUUUGAGGUGUCUGUGGGUGUAUUAGUCCCAGAAGGAUGGGAUAAUUCAGAGCUUAAUGUGCACAGAAAUAGGAUUUAUUUAUUAUUAUUUUUUUUUUUGUCUCUUAGAAUACAUAUUAAUUUUAUUUUAAUUAUUUGUUUACAAUAUAGUGAAACCGUACUUUUUAAAUGUAACUUUUGCUGUUUCCAUCCAUACCCAACAAUGCUAGUUGCUAUACAUUGUUCUUUAAGGUUCUAAGAUCGAUUUACUCACACUGUUAAUGAACAUGCCAAUACAAACUUUGCUACUGCAGAUUUUUACUGUAGCAUGAACUGAAGACAGUUUCCAGGAAUAUUUCUUAGAACUUGUGGUUGUAGAAAACUACAGUAAGUCCCAUCCUGCCCCCCUUCCAAUAUCCACAUUGUGUAUGGCAGAUAGUACAGUAUGGUUGUCUCUAAAUUUGAAUAAGACACCUUUAUUUUAUUGCAAGUUAGUGGUUCAUUUACUGUGUAUAUCCUUAAUUGUUGUAAAAUUUUAGUUAUCUUUUUUCUUAUUAGUUGACUUUGAUAGUAAGAUAUGCUCAAAAAAAUAUACACCUUUGUAAUAUUUGAAGGGAUGAAUAAGUGAUUCAUCCCUAAACAGCUCUUGAAUGAGUACCUUGUGAACAGGUGUAAGAUAAUCAACAGGGUUUCCAAUUUGGAUGCAAGUAGGUUCUAGCAUUCUUCCCUCCAUUCUCAUGUCGAGUAGGUUGUAGUAGUACAUGGUUGUGUUACUGUCUUUUAUCUUCUCCUGCAAAAUAUUGCUCAGCAUUUUCCCCAUGGUCAUUGUUGCAUUACCCAUGAUCAUUUUAGGAGUUAGGAGACAUGUGCUUUAGAGCUAUUUUAUCAAACUAAAGUUACCUUCUGCUGAUGUCAUACUUGUUACCCAUGAUGUCUAAAUGUACAAAAUCAAGUGGAAUUCCAUUUUGACUUGGAUUUGUAUUUCUGGAAAUCCAUUUUUCUUUUUCAAACAUUUUUUGGCCAUAUAUCAUGUAAUUGUUAAGAUACUUGUCUUUUGUGGUAACUUUACAAUGCUCUUGUGUAUUUGACAUAGCACCCUAAGGGUUGCAUUAAGGAUUUUAAAUAUCAUUUCAUACUUUUUUAUCUUCCUUUUGUGUAAACCAGAUAUUCAUAUAAACAUGUAAAAUGUACAUUUUUUCCCUUCGUUGUUUUUCUCUUGAUUUCUUUGAAACACAAUCUAAUAUUGUGUGUUUUUUUAUAUCCAAGUGGAAUCAAUAAAAGUCAAUUGAUAA